CGGAUCAGUCGAAGUCCAAACGUUGCGAGCUGCACACCGCAUCCAAAUUCUAUUAGCCAGGCAAAGAACGUUCACGCGAGUCGAACUAUUUAUUAUAGUUCGCUCCACGAGUAGUUCAAAGAGCAACAGAUCGCGAGAGCAGCUGAUUGAGAGAGCGAGAGAGAGCGGGAGAGACAACUCGCUAGAGUAUCUGUCGUAUGUCGUAUACACAAAAAACAAACACACUGGAACUGGUUGAAGAAUUGAAGAAGAGGCAAGAGGCAAUUGAAGAAGAGGCAAAAGAUUCGAUGAGCAGUGAUAAAGUGCGGCGUCGCGUUCUAACGCCUACGUCGGAUACCAGUAACACAGAUCCAUUGUUGCGACAUGGUGAACUGCAGCUGGAUGAUAAGCAACCGAAUGGCUGCGAACGCGUCUUUAUCAGCGAAGACAAGAUAAAAUGGUAUUGGGCGCCGGCUUUUAUUGGCUUCUGGCUGCUCAUUUAUUGUUCCAUAUCCAUACCUGCCUCGAAUCACCUGCCACGCCCUCUCACCAUUAAGGAUGAGGCCAAGUAUCCGGAACGUUUCAUUGCUGAGCGCGCGGAGAACAAUCUUCAAAGUUUGGUGGCACUCGGACCACGUGUAGUGGGCAGUCGGGCCAAUGAGCUGGACACCGUCAGUUUGCUCAACACCAGAAUGCGCACGCUACGCGCUGAGGUAGGCGCUCUACAUGACAUUGAGAUUGACAGGCAGGUUGCCUCAGGCAGCUACAUCCACUGGGAGGCCGUGAACAUGUAUCAGAGCAUUCAGAACAUUGUGGUCAAGAUCAGUCCCAAGGGCUCGAAUAGCAGUACUUAUUUGCUGGUCAAUAGUCACUUCGAUACGGUACCAGCAGGUCCGGGUGCUGGCGAUGAUGGCUCCAUGGUGGCCACCAUGAUGGAGACCAUACGUGUGCUCUCCAAAUCAAAGCAGGCACUUAAGCAUCCGGUGGUGUUUUUGUUCAACGGUGCCGAGGAGAAUCCGCUGCAGGCAUCGCACGCCUUCAUCACCCAACACAAGUGGGCCAAAAACUGCAAAGCACUGAUCAACUUGGAUUCGGCUGGCAAUGGAGGUCGCGAGAUUCUCUUUCAAUCUGGUCCCAAUCAUCCGUGGCUGAUGAAGAGUUAUCGUCGUGCCAUCAAGCAUCCCUAUGCCUCGACUUUGGCCGAGGAGAUGUUCCAGCACAACUUUAUUCCCUCCGACACCGAUUUCCGUAUCUUUCGCGAUCACGGCGCUGUGCCCGGCCUGGACAUGGCUUAUCAGUACAAUGGCUAUGUGUAUCACACUAGCUUCGAUCGUGCUGAGAUCUUUCCACGCGGCAGCUUCCAGAACACUGGCGAUAAUCUUCUAUCGUUGAUACGCGAGAUUUCCAGUGCACCCGAGUUGGAGGACACCUCGAAACACGCUGAGGGACACACUGUCUAUUAUGAUGUGAUGGGCUGGUUCUUGGUCUUCUACACGGAAACCGAAGGCAUCAUUCUCAAUGUUGUGGUGUCCAUUGCAGCGAUUGUUGCCUGCGGCUUGGCCAUCAAGCUGAUGUCCGUCAAUACGGGCAUCAAGCUGGAGAAGCUGCUCAAGCACACACUGCACACCUUUACGGCGCAGAUCUUGGCCGUGGUUGCAGGUGCCGCCUUGACGCUUAUCAUUGCGGUCUUCAUGGAUCUGAUACACUUGCCAUUGUCGUGGUUCACACACAACUGGCUGAUGCUUGGACUGUAUUUCUGUCCCUUCUUCGUUGGCUUGGGAAUGGUGCCAGCCUUUUACUUCCAAUACACCAAAAAUCCUCGUUUCCCGAUUGGACAACGCGUUCAGCUGCUGUUGCACUGCCAUUGCUUGUUCCUGGCCCUGCUCACCCUUGUGCUGACUAUUUGCAGCAUUCGCUCUGCCUUUGUGCUCAUGCUCACCUGCCUCUUCUACACUGUCGGUGUUGUCUUCAACAUCUCCACCGGUCUGCACAAUCGCAAUGUUGCCUGGGUCAUUCCACACAUCGUGUGUUAUGUGCCGCCUUUCAUCUUCUUCGCUUACUUCUCGCACGGAUUCAUCGUCACUUUUAUUCCCAUGCUGGGACGAUUUGGUGAUAGCGCCAAUCCUGAAUUGAUUUUAGCCGUCUUCAGUGUCGCCAUUGGUCUGCUGACCAGCGGAUUUUUGGUGCCCAUGCUGAACAUGUUCCGCAAGUCGAAGACCAUCAUCUGCUCCCUGCUGGCCAUCACUUUGCUGUGCAUCAUUCUGGCCGCAACACCACUCGGAUUCCCCUACAGACCGGAGACCAGUGUGCAGCGUUUCUCAGUGCUACACGCCAAGCGCACCUUCCACGAUACCCACAACAAUGUUCGUCGUACGGACUCUGGUUACUUCAUCAUGCCACAGGACAGACGUACAUACUCCGUCAAGAAUAAGGUUGUCAACAUGACACUGGCUAAAAGUGUCAAGGACGAUUGCCAAAAGGAAAUGCUCUGCGGUCUGCCGCUCUACAACAUGCGUUGGCAUAAGACGAGAGCGCGCGGCUUAUGGAUCAAUGCAUCGGAGCCCGUGCUGGGCACAGAGCCUGUGGUUAAAUUGGUAACCAAAAAGCAGCUGACAACUACAAGAAUGCGCUACGAGAUGCAGCUGACGGGUCCCAAUCAUAUGGGAUUGUAUUUCCAGCCACUUAAUGGUUCUCGGAUUGAUGACUGGUCCUUCCAUCAAGCACCAUUGCGUCUAGGCUAUAAGCCACCAUAUUACAUAUACUUCUCGUAUGGCGCCAGUAGCGCCGCUUUGGACUUCUGGCUUGAAGUUGAGAAACCAAGUGGAGAUUGGAACACACCCACGUUAGAACUGGGCGUCAGUGGUUUUUGGAUACAUCACAAGGAACUUCUUACAUCGGAUUUCACAAAGUUCGUCAACAGUUUCCCCAACUAUGUUGAUGUUGCGCCUUGGCCAGCGUCUUAUGAGACUUGGUUCUAUUAAUUAUACUAAUGUAAUAUUAAUCACAAAUAAAUAAACACAAAUUUUUCUACAA